UCUCCUUUUACAUCAAAUCAAGUAUUGCGACUAUUUGGCGUGCUUGCAUCCAGGAUGGAUGGCACCUUACUCUUGCAGAUAUCUUCCUCCGGGUAACAUGUUAAUUUUGUCCCAGAAGUGUGUCUGCGUUGGCCUCUAGGAGACCGCAAUCAUCAAUAUGACUUACAACAUUGCUAUGGUCAGUGACUUUUUCUUUCCUCAGCCAGGUGGCGUUGAAAGUCACAUUUACCAAUUGUCGACUAAGCUCAUCGACCGUGGGCAUAAAGUUAUCAUCAUCACCCAUGCUUAUAAGGGUCGCACAGGCGUCCGAUACCUGACAAAUGGGCUUAAAGUUUACCACGUGCCGUUCCUGGUGCUAUACCGCGAGACAACAUUCCCUACCGUUUUCUCCUUCUUUCCCAUCUUCCGAAACAUCGUUAUUCGCGAGAGAAUCCAAAUCGUCCAUGGACAUGCUAGCUUGAGCAACCUUUGCCACGAGGCCAUCCUCCACGCCCGAACAAUGGGACUCCGGACCGUCUUUACCGAUCAUUCGUUGUUUGGAUUUGCUGACGCUGGUUCAAUUCUUACCAAUAAGCUUCUUAAAUUCUGUUUGAGUGAUGUCGACCAUGUUAUUUGUGUUAGUCAUACAUGCAAGGAAAACACAGUUCUUAGGGCAUCUCUAGACCCGUUAAUGGUUUCGGUGAUUCCCAACGCUGUCGUAGCUGAGAAUUUCCGGCCUUUAUAUGCGACUCCACGUGCGAACGAACGACAAUCAGGGGGAUCGCAAGAGAUCCAGCCUGUUCCGAGGCCUAUCAGCCCUAAUGAUAUAAUCUAUAUUGUUGUUAUUUCGCGCCUCUUUUACAAUAAAGGAACCGAUCUUCUAAUUGCAGCAAUUCCAAGAAUUCUCGCUUCACAUCCAAAUGUGCGGUUCAUUAUAGCUGGUUCGGGACCCAAAGCUAUCGAUCUAGAACAGAUGUUGGAACGAAAUGUUCUCCAAGACAAGGUGGAAAUGCUUGGCUCGAUUCGACACGAGGAGGUGCGAGAUGUCAUGGUUCGAGGACAUAUUUAUCUCCACCCGAGCUUAACAGAGGCAUUUGGUACGGUCAUUGUUGAAGCUGCUAGCUGUGGACUCUACGUGGUGUGCACCCGGGUUGGUGGUAUUCCUGAGGUCCUACCGCAGCACAUGACGGCCUUUGCAAAACCGGAAGAGGACGAUAUAGUCCUAGCAACCAGCAAGGCGAUAAGCGCCUUGCGCUCCAAUAAGGUGAGGACUGAACGUUUCCACGAUCAGGUGAAAAUGAUGUAUUCCUGGACCGAUGUAGCCAGGCGCACUGAGCGAGUAUACAAGGGCAUAUCUGGGGACAUCAGUCCACAGGAAUUCUACGGAUACUAUCCGGGAGACAUCUGGGAACCCGGGGGUGAUAGAGUUCGAAAUUUUAGUUUGAUCGAUAGGCUGAAGCGAUAUUAUGGGUGCGGAGUCUGGGCGGGCAAAUUGUUUUGCCUAUGUGUUGUGAUUGACUUCAUAAUCUACCUCUUCUUGGAAAUGUUGUUCCCCCGGGCGAACAUCGAUAUUGCACGAAAUUGGCCCAAGAAACCGAACCCAGUGAACGAGAAUACCUCAUCAAAAGGCGAACGAGACCGUAUUGGGACUGCGUCUUGACUCUGCUUGAGCCUCCCUCCAUGGAUUACACGAAUUUGCUUAAUGAUAAUUUCUGAAACCGACAAUGAUGAUACCCAUUUUCGAUACUUUUAUUGUACACUAUGAUAUGACUAUAACCCCGGCCUGUCAUUACUCUUACUGCGCACGGAUUCCCUGCUUGCUGGUGCUGUCCCAGGUGGAUAAGUCUUUGCAUGGAGCUCCGACUUGAAGGCUUUUGGAGCCGAUGUUCUGCCAAUGCCAUGCUAUUUCUGUUCAUAAGGGACUUUUUUUCCCAGCAAAAUGCGAUGCACAUACCUUGAUGUCCGUAGGGGACCAUUUGCGCUAGAAGUCUAUAUGCUCGGCUUGAAACAGCCCUGCUUUUGAUCGGGAAUGUGUUGUUAAGGUGGCUCAUUUUGAAUGACAAUCUCAAUUCUAAUAGAAGAAUAGAAUAAAGUGAC